AUGAAAAACGUCAAUUUCUUGAUAAACCAAACAAAGCUUUGGAAUUGGAAUCGGGAGGCUCUUGGAACAGAAUCGGCAACUGAGUAUCCCAAUGAGCUGGAAUCGGAUAAACUGGAAAACCAAGAUGCCCGGCAAGUUGUCCACCAAGAAGAAGACGACAUGGGAAACCAAAAUAACGGUAAUGAAAUGGACAUUCCCGAAGUGGCUCCAGUAGAUACGGAGCUUCAUGGUCAAACAGAGGAAACAGCGCCCGAGGAUUCGUCAGAAGAUGUCAAGGACAUACCACUUCUAGACAGUUCCAGAGAAGAGAAUCAGAAGCCACCGAUGAAGAGACCAAGAAUGUACCACUAUUUGUCCCUGCCCCAGGAUAUAGAGAUCAAAGCCAAGAACCGCUUGAGGAUUCUGAAGAAAAUGAUGUGGAAACUCAUAGAGAAGAUUACAACAGGAUCCAAGAUCAGCAAUAAUCAAAUACAAAUUCGAAGUGCACUUUGGACCUCCAAUCAAUCCCAUGUUAUGACCUCCGCAACAAUUCUUACUUACUGGGACAGUCAAACAUAA